CAUAUUAACAUCAGACGUAUCGCUUCAGGACAGAAACUUUUUCACAUCAAAAGUCUGUCGCUUCUUUAAGAACAUCAUGAAGCUCCUCAGGAGUUUACUCGCUCUACAACUCUUCAUUGUGAAUGGAGUGUUUGGAGAUGACACGGAUGAAAUCAAGUCAGUGAUCGAGAGAGAUUCAGUCACUCUAGACAUAAAUGUCGAAAAACAGAAAAGUGAUAUGAUUCUGUGGUGUUUUGGACCUGAAGACACUCUUAUUGCUCAAAUCAAUGGAAAGGCCAACAGCAAGCUUGUAUAUGAUGAUGUUCUUGAUGGGAUAUUUCGAGACAGACUGGAGUUGAACAUCACGACUGGAUCUCUCACCAUCAGAAACAUCAGAACUGAACACUCGGGACUUUAUAAGCUCAGCAUCAUCAGUGAAAAGACCUCAAACAAAACAUUCAAUGUAACUGUUAAUGGAGUGUUUGGAGUUGACACGGAUGAAAUCAAGUCAGUGAUCGAGAGAGAUUCAGUCACUCUAGACAUAAAUGUCGAAAAACAGAAAAGUGAUAUGAUUCUGUGGUGUUUUGGACCUGAAGACACUCUUAUUGCUCAAAUCAAUGGAAAGGCCAACAGCAAGCGUGGAUAUGAUGAUGUUCUUGAUGGGAUAUUUCGAGACAGACUGGAGUUGAACAUCACGACUGGAUCUCUCACCAUCAGAAACAUCACAACUGAACACUCGGGACUUUAUAAGCUCAGCAUCAUCAGUGAAAAGACCUCAAACAAAACAUUCAAUGUAACUGUUAAUGGAGUGUUUGGAGUUGACACGGAUGAAAUCAAGUCAGUGAUCGAGGGAGAUUCAGUCACUCUAGACAUAAAUGUUGAAAAACAGAAAAGUGAUCUGAUUCUGUGGUGUUUUGGACCUGAAGACACUCUUAUUGCUCAAAUCAAUGGAAAGGCCAACAGCAAGCGUGUAUAUGAUGAUGUUCUUGAUGGGAUAUUUCGAGACAGACUGGAGUUGAACAUCACGACUGGAUCUCUCACCAUCAGAAACAUCACAACUGAACACUCGGGACUUUAUAAGCUCAGCAUCAUCAGUGAAAAGACCUCAAACAAAACAUUCAAUGUAACUGUUAAUGGAGUGUUUGGAGAUGACACGGAUGAAAUCAAGUCAGUGAUCGAGAGAGAUUCAGUCACUCUAGACAUAAAUGUCAAAAAACAGAAAAGUGAUCUGAUUCUGUGGUGUUUUGGACCUGAAGACACUCUUAUUGCUCAAAUCAAUGGAAAGGCCAACAGCACACGUGUAUAUGAUGAUGUUCUUGAUGGGAGAUUUAAAGACAGACUGGAGUUGAACAUCACGACUGGAUCUCUCACCAUCAGAGACAUCAGAACUGAACACUCUGGACUUUACACACUCAGGAUAAUCAGUGAAAAGACCUCAAACAAAACAUUCAAUGUAACUGUUAAUGAGAGGAAAUCAGAGAUUAAGAAGACUGAGGAGAUUGAUAAGAUUGAUGAGUCUACUACCGGUCGAUCACGUUCAGUUUCUAUCAUCAUCAUCAUCAUUACAGUGUGUUUGACUGCAGUAUUAAUUGCUGUAAUCUCAGCUGUGAUCUGCUUCAGGAAACACAGAGAGAAUCUAAAAGGUUUAAUAAAAGUGCAGACUUCUGAAACUGACGUUCUGACUGAAGAGAGACGACUUGACAACAAAAAUCAGCAACAAGUUUGAAGAUGUAAAAAAUUAAAGAAACUGAAAAACAUCAUUGUUUUAAAGAGUGCAACUCAUAGCACCAUUACUUACGGCUGUAACUAAUGAUUAUUUUAUUUUUUUUAUUUAUUAGUUCAUUUGUCAGGGACCAUGCACAGUUCAAGCCCUGUACCAGAGUUAGCUAUACGGCUAAUUUACAUCUGUGGUCCCUGGGCAAGGAAAAGUAAAAAGACAACAUAAACACACAGUACUCACAUAAAAACCAGAAUACAAAUAUACAAUAUAUAAAAAAGUCAUUAUUUUCAUAAUCGAUUAAUCUAAGGAUUAUUCAACUAUUCAGCGAUUAUUGCAAAGAUUAAUCAUUAGCUCUUAACAGAUUAUAUACAUUCUAGAAUGAUCUGAAGCAAAUGAAUUGCAAGAAUAAGGGCACAAACAUACUUCACACAAGUGCGCAAAUGCAGACGUGAGCGCUUCACUAACGUGUGGUCCCGUUGUUCAUACAUUACAUGCGCUCUUGUUGCUCGGGUCACACGGAGGCGAAACGAAACCGCAUAUGUGGUGAAGUCAACGUGUGGUCAGUGGAGGAGUGUGUGCUUUUGUAAUUGCUAAAAAGAUGACAGAAACAUGUUUGUAUAAUCUAACUUGUUCGGCAAGACUCCUCAAGUUGCUGCUUCAUCAUGACAGUUGUUGAUUGAAAAAAGAAAAUCCGCUCUAGCGUCCCUUGUGACAACGCUGAGAAUACAGGACGUACUUGCGUUAUGGUUAUGAAUUGCGACAAUUCACAACGCAAAGAUGUGUUUAAUUUAGUCUGUGUUCACAUACUUACAGAGUAUGUUUGGGUCUUAAGAUUUGAGUAAUUCUGUGGCAGGGUGGAGGGCGAGGCCGGGUCGUGAUUUUACACACCCGGUCCAUUAUCAGGCUAAUCAAGCCUCUGAGAGGGAUAAAGGCAGCAUGCGGGAGAGAGAGAUAGUUUACGGACAUGUCCGUCAUGUGUGUAUUUGUAUCUUUUGUUUAAGUUUAUCAUUUAAUCUAUUAUUUAUAUUGUCAAGCAGGUUUUCGCCUCCUCCUUGCCCUUCUAAAUCCCUUUACAAAUUCAUACUCCAAACACACAGUAUAAAAGUGGUUUGAUAUUAAACAUCUAUUAAAUGAGAAUAUUUUAAUUCAGUUAUAUUGUAAAGAUGUCCAACUAUUGGCCCAAGGACAGAAUCCAAUAGUGUGGCUGAAGGUGUCCAGCGUGUUCUGUCUCAUUGUGGGCAUUAAAAUAAUACUUUGAUUAUUUGAUUUGAGUUCCAUGUUUUAUUAAUCUUAUAAUUUAUUGUUUUCUUUAUUUCAUCUGACUCCAAUUAUGAAUAAAAUAAUUUUUUUUAUUUGGGUCGUAACCGGCCGGACGCAGGUCCUUUAACUACAAACUCAUCAGUUUCAGAUAUCAGAAAGUUUUAGACUAAGUCCUUAUAGGUUCACGGUUUUACCCAUUUAGUCUUAUUUGGCGAAGUUCUAUCAUAGAUUCUGGCCUCGUCCUUUAGCCCCAGUCAAUAAAGUUCUGUUAAUUUGUAAUUAAUAAGAAAAACAGGUUGAAUUAUAAAGUAACAGUUUAUUUUACCAGGUAAUAGUAAUACAUUCAAACAAUCCAAUUAAAUAAUAAACCAAACUCAACAUCAUCAAUGAAUAAUAAUUAAAGUUGCAGUCCAUUCAAACUUUUACCAAACAGAAGAAGUUCAAUUUGCAAAUAUAGCUGUAAGCAGUGAUGACGGGCCCUCGCAGCAUGGGUCCAUUUCCACUCGGUGGCUUUCGGAAAACAAAGCAUGAUGGACACAGCAACAACUCAACAUUAAUGUAAACAUGGACCAUAAACAUACAAUGUGUAACAGAUAUAUGAUCAUAUUAGCCCCAUUUUAUCAUCGUUACAUUGGCCUGUUAAAUUCCGUAUUAAUUGUAAAAUUCUGUUAACUACGUACAAAGCUUUGAAUGGUCUAGCUCCGCAGUACUUAAGUGAUCUUCUACCACGCUAUAUUCCAUCACGUUCAUUACGAUCGCAAAAUUCUGGCCUGUUAAUAGUUCCUAGAAUAUCAAAAUCCACUAAAGGAGGAAGAUCCUUUUCAUAUUUGGCUCCUAAACUAUGGAAUAGUCUCCCAAACACUGUUCAAGAUGCAGACACACUCCCUCAGUUUAUGUCUAGACUAAAGACUCAUCUAUUUAGCCAGGCAUGCACCUAAUUUAUCCUCCAACCCACAAUUAGGCUGCUUUAGUUGGGUCUGCCGGAACCAGAAACCAGAAACAUUGAGCAUGAUCUCGAACUCUGCAAUAAAUUUAAUGGCAUCUACGCUUACAUCUUUUUAUUUGUUUCCCUGUCUCAACCUCGGGACUCCUAUCCUGAGGUCACCAGAACCGGCUGGAUCCAGCACCAUUACUGCUUCAUGUUGGACUCCACUGCUUCAUGUUGGACUCCACUGCUUCAUGUCACUGAAUGAUGAUGACUAAAUGCAGCCGGUGCCAGCCAAACAUCACUUCAGUCUAUUAUGAUGGACUUCAGAGGAUGAACUGAUGCCAACUCCAAGCUGCAUCACCUCGGUCUAUUGAUGGACUACGAUCUUGAAAUGGAAUGCAUAGACUAACUAUUGCCAACAAAAGCCUUCAUCAGCCAAUUAACAAGGACAAUUGCAUCUAUGUGAACUUCUGCAAUUAAUCAAGAUGGACUUCAAAGCCUGUGGUCAUUAAUCUUACAGUUCAAACACAAUCGAUGUUUAAUCACUGACCCUUAACCCUUGCUUAGUUUAAUCAUUUUAAACCAUGAUUUUAACUAUACACAAGUAAUAUUUACAUUAUAUUCAUGAUGUUAGCCAGAGGGGAACUGGCCCCCACAGUGAGUCUGGUUUCUCCCAAGGUUAUUUUUCUCCAUUAAUCAACAUCUUAUGGAGUUUUGUGUUCCUUGCCACAGUCGCCUACAGCUUGCUCACUGGGGUUAUUAAUACAAUUAUUAUUUAAUUAUUUUUAAACACGAUUAAGAAUCAUAUUUUAUCUAAAUUGCACAAUGAUGAUUCAUCGACUUUAUAGACAUUACAGUUUUAUCUUCUGUUAAUGCUGAUCUUCUGUAAAGCUGCUUUGAAACGAUGUGUGUUGUGAAAGGCGCUAUACAAAUAAAAUUGAAUUGACAUAUGCCACCAUUCCAGUUUGACUACAACUUCAUGUAAAUGAAUCCACCGCCAUGACAACAUUAUUAAAGUUGUAACACACGCUUUUGAGCGUGUGCUACGUAAUGAAUUAAGGGACCAGAGACUUUCACGUUUCAAUGAGCCAUGUGUAUUCCACCACCAAUCGCCAUACAGUCAGUAAACAUACAAAGUAUAUAGUCAUUCAGUUGCAAGGCAAACGUCAAAAUAGUUCAUACUUUCAUAGUAGUGUCUUUGGCUACCAAGAACUCAGUCUUAAGAGUAACAAGAGCAAGAUAAAACAGCAUUUAAGUGCAGUAUUGAUGAGGCCACAUCUGCCUGAAAUCGAGCUUCCACGUGGCUGUUGGUAAUAUAAUCAAACUGUAGCUUGUGAAAUAGAUGACAAGUGUUGUUGGUAAAACGAAGACAAUUAAUCCCAUUUUGGUCAAGGUCCUAGCUAUAGUUGAACUGCCCCCUCAUGCCUGCCCGUUGAACCCUCUGCAUCAAACAAAACAAACAAACUUAGUGCCACCAUUAACACAUUUACAUCUCAUCUACAUAAACUUUACCUAACAUCACAUAUACAAACAACAGUACUUACAU